AUGGACCCGGAGAGGCAACCUCUGCUCGCCCAUUCGGGUUGCAGGGCGCUCUCGUACUCGGAGGUGGCGCGGUGCCGCGGCGCGCCCGGCUGGAGGCGAGCGCGCGCCGCGGCGCUGGUGGCGCUGUGGGCGCUGGUGGCGCUGGCGGCGGCGCUGGCGGCGCGCGCCCUCUCCGCCGCCCCCUGCGCCCCUCCGCACGCCCUGGGGCCCGCGCCCCCCGUGCCGCCCGCGCACCUCUCGCUGGCGCCGCUGGUGGCCUCCGUGCGCGACCAGCACCACAAACAGUUCAUGCUC